CCAUAUUUCUUUAUCGCUGGUGUUAAAUUUCGAAUGGGAACAUGUCGAGUUGCCCCCAAAGUCGCUAUUAAUGGUGCAUUCUCUGUUUCAAACUUUGACAUGCACUUAGCUCUACACUUCUCCACUUCUCUUUCCUUCUGUCUCUUUCGUGCCGCUCUGUUCUCACUAUCUUCUUCUUCAUUUCAUUAACUAUUGAAUUUACUGCAAAUAUUCUACAGAAAGGGAGACUUAAUUACUCUUAAAGGAAGAAACAGAUAUGGCUUGUUGUCUUUGAGCUUUUUUAUUAUUAACUAAUUAGAAGAAGAAGGAUACCCUGGCAGGUUUCAGCCAAAGGAAAAAGAUGGGUAUCUCUCAGUUUCUGUUCUUUCUCAUUCUUCUGCUGUUCACAUUCUACCUUCCACUAUCGGUUCAUGGGAACACAGAGGUUAGAGCUCUAAUGGAGCUGAAGGCUUCUUUGGACCCAACAAACAUGGUCCUCGAGUCAUGGAAAAGUGAUGGUGAUCCUUGCGGUGAUUCUUUUGUGGGUGUGGCUUGUAAUGAGCACCGUAAGGUGGCUAACAUUUCGUUACAGGGGAAGGGACUUUCUGGUAAAGUGUCGCCUGCUGUUGCCGGACUCAAGUGUCUCUCUGGUUUGUACUUGCAUUACAAUUCUUUGUCUGGAGAGAUACCUAAAGAGCUUUCAAAUCUUCGAGAAUUGACUGAUCUUUAUCUUAAUGUUAAUAAUCUGUCCGGCAGCAUUCCUCCUGAGAUUGGUAACAUGGCUGAUUUACAAGUUCUACAGUUAUGUUGCAACCAGCUGACAGGGAAUAUACCUACGGAGAUAGGGUCUUUGAAGAAAUUAAGUGUUCUUGCUUUGCAAUAUAACAGAUUAGAUGGUAAAAUUCCUGCCAGCAUAGGGAAUUUGGGAAUGUUAAGAAGACUUGACUUGAGCUAUAAUCGCCUCUCUGGUGCAAUUCCUACAACAUUAGCUGAUAUUCCACAAUUGGAAAUUCUAGAAAUCCGAAACAAUACUCUAUAUGGAAGUGUCCCUUCAGGUCUGAAGAGAUUAAACGGAGGAUUCCAAGGUGAGAACAACCCGGGUUUAUGUGGCACAGGGUUUUCAACGUUGAGAGAUUGCACUCCUUUUGAUGGUCUCAACAUCAACCAGCUUGAACCUUUCCGAUCACAUCUAAAUGGCACUGCUACAGGAGUUACCUCACAGACUUCAAAUAUCCAGGGCGAUUGCAACCACACUGAUUGCUCAAAUCCAUCGAGAUUCCCAAAGAUACCUGUUAUUGCAGGGAUUAUUACAGUCAGUUUCGUUUUCGUAGUUGCUGGAUUUCUUGCAUUUGUUCACUACCGUAGGCAGAAACAAAAGAUAGGAAAUACAUCUGAUCCUUCUGAUGGGCGCCUUAGCACUGACCAGGCUAAGGAAUUUCACAGGAAUGGAAGUGUUUCUCCACUUGUAACUCUCGAAUAUUCAUACGGAUGGGACCCAUUAGGUGAUGGUUGGAAAGGAAUUGGAUUUUCCGAGGAGCAUUUGAAUAAGUUUAGGUUCAACCUAGAAGAAGUUGAGUCUGCAACUCAGUGCUUUUCCGAGAUGAAUUUACUGGGAAGGAGCAAUUUCUCUUCUGUCUACAAAGGGAUUCUAAGAGACGGUUCUCUUGUGGCCAUCAGGAGUAUAAACGUGACUAGCUGCAAGUCCGAGGAAGCAGAGUUUGUUAAGGGCUUGUACUUAUUAACCUCCUUGCGACAUGAAAACAUUGUUCGGCUGCGAGGGUUUUGCUGCUCGAGGGGCAGAGGCGAAUGUUUUCUCAUGUAUGACUUUGCUUCUAAGGGAAACCUAUCUAAAUAUCUAGAUAUAGAAGGCGGAGGUGAACAAAUUCUUGACUGGUCGACAAGGAUUUCCAUCAUCAAUGGCAUUGCAAAAGGUAUGGAGUAUUUGCACAGAAGUGAAGCAAACAAGCAGCCCAUAGUCCACCGCAACAUAUCUGUCGAGAAAGUUUUCAUUGACCAGCAAUUCAACCCAUUGAUUGCAGACUCUGGUCUUCAUAAGAUUCUUGCUGACGACGUUGUCUACUCAACUCUGAAAGUGAGUGCAGCCAUGGGUUACCUAGCGCCAGAGUACAUUACCACUGGCCGUUUUACAGAGAAGACUGACAUAUUUGCAUUUGGAGUGAUUAUUCUCCAAAUCCUGUCUGGUAAACUUCAACUGACAAGCUCAAUGCGGUUGGGAGCGGAAUCAAGCAAGUUCGAAGAUUUUAUUGACACAAAUCUCAGAGGCGAAUUUUCUGAAUCCAUGGCAGCUAAGUUGGGGAAAAUUGCACUUAGUUGCACCCAUGAACACCCUGACGAUAGACCAAGCAUGGAGACAAUAAUUAAAGAGCUAAAUGAUUGCAACGUCAGUUCUUGAUGAGCCUUUUCCCCAAAUUGAAGAAGUGAUGAUGAUGGGAUCGAAGAGAUUGCUGAAACUGCUUUUUGUUGGUUGUUAUAGAUAUUUUCACAGGGACUAUGAUGAUUGAGGUGUGAAAAGAUGGCAGUCUAAUGUAAAGUGGAGUUGCAAAGGAAACCUUGGGAGGGGUUUCCCCCAUCAUUACUAGCAAUAAAAAAGCCCUAUGGAGAGGUGGGGAGAAAUAACUUUCUAGUCCUACAAUUUGGUACGUACACCAAUUCGUAUCUCCAUGAGCAUUUACAUUUGCAAUCGCAAUCGAGCGAGCAAAACAAGCCUCAAACCGCUGAACUGCUCCCCUAGGCAUAGCAACAAGCAUUUGAAAAGGAUAUUAUGUUGUCUGGAGAUGUGAUCGUUCAACAUUGUAGUGCCUGCAAGCUUGUUUGAAGCUCGAAUUCGCAUUUUGGAAAAUUACAUAUUAACCUCCCAAAAACAAAUUGCUUCUUUGUAAGUAGAAACAAAGCUACGCUCGUCGUCUAGACCUAUAAUAUACCAUUUGUGGUCGCUUUAAACUUGGUUUCGUUACUAGUGUAAAGUUGUUUUUCUCUUCUGACACUCAACUUUCAUUAAGGAGCUGGAAUUUCACUAUUUGUUCUGCCAAA